AUGAAAAAUGGUGAUGAAAAACAAAAUACAACGAAAGCGAAGAUGAUGAUGAAUAAUGAAAUACAACGAAAAGUGAUGAUGAAAGGUGAUGAUGAAAAACGAAAUAUAAUGAAAAAUACAGCGAAAGAUGAUGAUGAAAAACGAUAUACAACGAAAAUUGAUGAUGAAAAACGAUAUACAGCAAAAAUUGAUGAUGAAAAACGAAACAUAGUGAAAAUUGAUGAAAACGAAUGUAACGAAAUUUGA